AUGAUCGAAACCGACUUCGAUUGCCCUGCACUUGCAAAGACCACGACUGAAGCCUUCGCGGAGAUUGUCUCAAGUGACGGCUGGAAGCAGCCUACUUUCGUUGACGAUCUCAAGGAGAUUUAUGCCAUCGAAGAUGAGGCCAUUGGAGCACUGCGCCAGUGGCUUUCGUCCUGGAUCCCGGAGAACUUCCAGGAGUCGCAACGCUGCAACGCGCCACGACAUUACGACGCUGUGGGAGAACACUCGCCGUCUCGCCGUCUCGCCGUCGAGACGCUGCCAGUCAAGUUCUCCGUGAAAGUGGCGCCACCUGAGUGA